AUGGACCCUGCUGCCAGUUCUUCGUCGAGGACGUGUCCGAAGACAAACACACUCACAACCUAUCUCCGAUUAUUACGACAAUGCAAGCCAACACUUCCCUAUGGCGAGCUCGUUUGCGUCUCUGCGUCCCCGAACAUCAGCACGAUGAGUUCGCUGCUACGCCUCGCUCGAACUGUUGGGCCUUACAUCGGUGUGUUACAGGUCCACGCCGAUAUCAUUGACGACUGGUCGCUGGAAGGCGUAUGCAAACUGGCCCGUCUCGCAAAGAAACAUGCGUUUAUCAUCUGGGAAGGUGGACGGGUAUUGAACACUCAUCAGCGGCUGAGCAACCGAAUUCUCACCCCCGAUGAGGUGUCGCGAGAUAUAGAUAUGUCAAGGAAACGGUACACAAAGGGUGUUGUGAGCGUCGCCGCAUGGGCCGGAUUAGCGAGCACAUGGAUGAUCGAUUCACCUCAGCAAGGGAACGGGGCAGAUCGGUUGAUUCCAACUCUUCGCCGCGCCGCAAAAGAGACCGUCGCCUUUAUGACGAAGUCUGUUCGUACAGAGAUCAGCAGCAGCGGUGGAAGCAUGUCUUCGAACGAAGUCACAGAUGAGACGGAGCAUGAGUAUACAAUGGAACUCGACGAGGCUCUCCGAGUUUCUGCCAGUGAUGGGCUAUCUGUCUCGCAGUCUCCACGAAAAGCAUCAGUUAUAUCACUCACCCAGACCAUCACCCAAAGCACAGAGCCUUCCACUCCCUCUGCCAUUGAAGUCGAUGAUCAUCCCUUGUCGGAAGCAGAGGAUGAGCUAGCGGAAGAGGACGAGCGAGUUCCGCCUGCCGCAUCUCUGCCAGAGCCCCCUCUCCUCUCACGUGGCCUCAUCAUCUCUGCUCCUCGGGACGACGAUGAACGAUUCACACUUGAAUACCGGGUAGCAGCAUUCGAAAGCGCCAAAGCCAACGCAGAUUUCGUCGUAGGUUUCUUCACUGAUGAACCAUGGAUAGAAAUCUGUACUCGCUCUCUCUGCUCCGAGGCUGCAGCUGAGCUAUCGGCAACAAUUGCCGCCCGCACGAGAAACCCAGACGAUGAGAAUGAACACCCCUUCAAGGAAGAGAGCGAGUCCACAGUUGACGAAGAACGACGAACGUUUCUGAUGUUUAACCCACUAGAAACCGACCACCUUACACGUUUCACAAGGGAAAACGAUGACGGCUUUGGCCAGUCCUCUACUACUCCUGCCCCCGCUACAAAUGGUGCCCCCCUUCAGAGCCCUCGUCUAGAUAUAAAUACAGCUACCAUGAACAACUCUCGUUCUAGGCGAGAAUCACAACAGAUCUCGGGGCUACAGCAGUUAAUUGCUAGUGCCGUUGCAAUCAGGAAUUCACGAGUAAGCCCUGAGGAAGGACUUUCACCUGGUGUUCGGGCACGAUACGGUGGAUUUGACAUGAUGUUCGUUCCAGUUAUCACUAUGAACGUAUGA